AUGAGUCUCCCGGCCGCCUCCCCAAAAGUCGAGGCUUGCCGCAGGGAGGCGGAAAUGCGCUUCCCGCGCUGGGCCCACACGAAGAUGGACGUCGACAUGUUACAGGCGUCCAUCCAUACCUCCCUGUGGGUUGACGAUCUCGCCGCAUUGGCAGACGACGACGACGUGGAUGGGGCAGCUGAAUGGAUCGGAGGCGUUAUGCGUACGGCGUGCAACGCCAGCAUGCCCCGAUCCAAGCCCCAUCCACGCAAAGCGGCGUAUUGGUGGACGGAGAAGAUCGCCAAAUUAAGGCGCUCCUCCGUCCGCGUGAGGCGUCGUUGGUUGCGGGCCAGGAGAGGCUGGCAGCCACGACAAUUAUAG